CAUUCAGGUCAGUGGAAAUAGACGCAGAGUGACACCUCUUCACUGUUUCCUCCUCUCUGGAGAGGCACAACCUGGUUACACCUGCCAGGUAACUUCUUACUUCACCUGUGAGAAACAACGACGGUGGUGAUCUCGCUACUUUUAGACAAAGUUAACUUACGGGUGGUUACGGUGAUGUGACGGGAGUCCUAACAGAUAAAUUAACCAAAAAUGACUUUUAGCAGCUGGGAGACGCUUUGCUAACAGUCAGAAUCUUGACAGCGCACGAGGUAUUGACUUAAAAAGAGAGAACAUUUAAUCCAAAAAUGUCUGGCCUAGGUGGUUUUAUCACAUAUUUAAACGAAGACGUGGCACUUCCAUCUGCAGAGCCACAAAUAGCAGUAAGAAAUAAGCCAGAAGGUAGUGACAGCAAAGAGGAAAGAUGUGAAGUUCCAGAAGAAGAAGAAGAAGAAGAAGAAGUAGAGAACUCAAAGGAGGGGGAGGAGGAUGAAGAAGAUGAAGAAGAAAUGACCACCUCUGCUCAUCUGGAGCCGAACACUCUGCCAUGGCCUGGAGACAAAGUCAAGAGACCUCAUACGGACAACGACGAUGGAGUCUGGUCAGAAAAAGGAGUUUCUGAGCCUGAAGAGAGGGAGACGGGGCUCUGCGGAGGAAGCCAGGACCUGUCGGAGGAGCGGAGCCGGGCUGAUAACGACAGACAGAACAAGUGGAGGGAAAGCAUGCCUGAAGGUGAGAGGUGGAGGGACGAUGAGAUCGAGGUACAGCGGGACAGUAAAGGGGAUGGCUCACUGGCAGAUGAUGAGGAUGAGGAGGAAGAGGAAGAAGAAGAGUCAAAUUGGAUUUCAGAAAAAACUGCUCUGGGUUUCACUCCACAAGUCACAAUUGUGCGUCCAUCCAGCAAAGAGCUGCCUGACGACAGCAGGCUGAUCAUAGAGAAGGACGUCGAGAAGGAGUCGCAGGAGGAUCACUACUCAGCAGCGCAGUUUCAUCCAGAGUGGACAGAACAGGACGACAAGUACUACCUGUGUGAGAAUCUGUGCAGCAACAAACUGAAGAUCGCUCUGGCUCUGGCAGCCGGAGUAGUCCUCUUCCCUCUUUUGGUGUGGGGAGGUUACGCCCUCCUUCCCUUUGACCCACCUCUGCUGGAUGGCACCCCCCUAAGGGUGGUGUACACGCUUCGCUGCUCCUUCUUCGCCAUCAUCCCCAUCCUGCUUGGUGUGGUUGUGCAGGGCGUGGCCCGGCUGCGCUACAGCGCCCUGAAGCCCCUCUAUCAGAGUAAACUGGUGAACAGAGAAGUAGUGGUGCACUGGCACUACGUCAACGAAUCACUCGCCCUCUUCCUCUUCUACUUCCUGCAGCUCGCUGUCAUGGCAACUUACAUCAGCCAGGACCUCCUCAAACUUGUGCCGCUGCUCACCAUCAUAUUUGUUUUUGGCAGGCUGAUCUACUGGCUCUGCCUCUCUCUGGGCAGCAGCAUAAGGGGACUCGGCUUCGGCUUCUCUUUCUUCCCCAUACUGGUCAUGUUGGGCAUCAACCUUUACUUCGUCUGCUCUUCAGUCGGACAAGGGGCGAUUUUUGACGUGGAACCUCCAACGACAGCUCCUCCUCCCAGGCUGCGCUGGUGGUAUUGAAGGCCGCUGUCGAAAAAGGCAAUGAGAAGUUAAGAGACAACUGUAAACACCUUUUUUAAUGUCAUUACACAACAACAUUCAGACAACUUGGCUCUUUCUGUUGGUGUCCUACAAAGUUGUAAUCCUUUAGAUUUCAGUCCUGGUUGAUUUGGCAUCACCUAUGAUUACCAAGUGUUUUAUAUUUUAUUUGACCUUUUGCUAACAAAAACAUCUAAGACAUGGCAAGCUGUGCGAUAAUAUGUAAUUUGAAUCUCUGUAUAAAAAAAGAGGAAAUCCAACUUCCAAAAGAGGAAAAGGAGACGAAUAACAGCUAUAUUUACACUGUGUGUUAACUAAUUUUACUUAUCUUUAACUGCAUAUCUUUAAACAGUCUCAACAUUUUUACAUUGAUUUGAUAGAAUCAGGUUUCAGUUUGAGCCAUCUGGUGUUUGCUGGUUGUGAAUCAACAAAAUCCGGAUGAAAAAGCACAAUUUAAAAACUGAAAACCUUCAGUUAGAAGCACUGAAUCAAGUGAGAUAGAUAUCAAAGAUUAAGAGUUACAGGCACUCUUAAGAUUUUUUUUAUGUGAGAUUUCAUUAUUGAAUUGUUUUAUAAAUUUGACCAUUUUUAUUAAGUUGUCACACAACUGGUACCUAUGGUAGUCUUUAAACUGUAUAUAUUUGAUACUGUUAAAUACAUAUUUUUGGUCUAUUUUUCCAUCAGUUCUUUUCCUUUUUGUGAAUGAACUUUUUUCAGUGUAUGAUUGAAGUAUUAAAACAAUAUUUGGGACUUUGAAUGAGUUUAAUAAAGCUAUAACAAAUAUGA